GUCUCAUUUCCCCACCCUGGACGUAUGCCUGAGGACGUGGCCGGUAUAUUUAAAGGAAUCGAAAUGUACGCGCCAGGUCUGCCGUUGUAUACCGGCGGUCUUGUGAACAAGAAGGACUACAAGGCUGUAGGAAUUGAAGGUGGCCCAUUAGUGAUGGGGGAGUUCACGGAAGAGUCGCCGAUCAUCACGUUCCUUCCUUUCCCAAUGUCCGAUGUGAGCAAGCCUCUUCCAUCCAAUCCUCAAGCGAUAGCGCCUCCCCCAGGCGUACCCCAGCCGACGGGACACUUGCGUACCGAUGUAUACAAUUCCGUGACCAAUAUACUUCAAAUUCCAUGUGCCAAGAACGCAUUCAUGCAAGGAUUGGUCAGCGGUGUCGGUGUGGGUUUCAUUCGUGGGACGACUGCUGCUCCAAUUGUUGCUGGGCAUUGGGCAAUAACGACCUUUGUUGGAAUAUCUGGCGUAUCUUGGUAUAUCUGCCAUCGCCGCAUGGCAAAGGAGCGUGAAAAGGUCAUUCAAAUGAUCGAGAGCACCCCAAAGCGUACUGUGAAGCACGAAGAAUCUACAUAAUAGUAACUGUAUCUUCAACUCCACUCAGGUGCCCAGACUUCCUUGUCCCACUUCUCUACGAGCUCAGCGUCAUC